AUGGGAAAACAUCCUGAAAACUCGAUUGAUCAAGAAGAGGAAGAAGAAUUAGAUGAAACAGAAUUUAUCGUCGAAAAAAUUCUUGAUCGAAAAGUUGUUAAUGGUGAAGUGUAUUAUUUUCUAAAAUGGAAAGGUUUCGAUGAAUCUGAAAAUACAUGGGAACCUGAAAUGAAUCUUGAUUGUCCAGAAUUAAUUGCUGAUUUUCAUAAACGAUCAAAUACUCAACCAAAGAAACCAUCAAAUGAAACAACUAUUGAAAAUAAUACAACAACAACAACAACAACAAAUAACAAUAAUAAUAUAAAUAAUAAUAUUACUUUAAAUAAACGAAGAUCCCGAGAUAGUACUGAUCAAGAGCCUUCGGAUGCCACGAAAAAAAACAAACGUACAAAUGAUUUUGGUUAUGGACGUGGACUUGAAAUUGAAAAAAUUCUUGGAGCCACUGAUGUCUAUGGUGAACUAAUGUUUCUAAUUAAAUGGCAAUCCACGGAAAAACCCGAACUAGUACCGGCUCGAAUUGCUAAUAUUAAAAGUCCUCAACAUGUCAUUCGUUUUUAUGAAGAUCGUUUAACAUGGGCUAAUACAGAUGAAAAUACAUCAAUUAAUCCAGAAAAACAGUAA